AAUAUACUAAUAGAUUUAUAUUUAAUUGUCUAUUGAUCAACAAUUAAGGUUUACUCAGCUUUUUUAAUUACAUUGAGAGAUAUGAUUGUUAACAAAAUUAAUAUUUAAUUUAGUUUAAAAAUCAAUCCUCAAGUUAUAACAACAAAAUAACAUCAAGUUGAUUGUCAAAGUGAUUAAGUUAAUUGUUGCUUGUUCUUAAUGAUGGAAGAUGAUUUGAAUAAUAAUAAUGUGAAUACCAAUGGUCAUCCUAGUCAACAACAAGAUGACCUUUACCACUUUGAUGAUAAAAUUUGGCAAGAAGGAUUAAUAGCCCGUAACCUUUGCUAUGCAAUUAAAAACGUUGACAUUUUAAACAACGUUGACCUUAACCUGGCCCGAGGGCAAAUAUAUGGUCUAUUGGGUCCAAGCGGGUGUGGUAAGACAACCCUUUUAAGGUGUUUCAUUGGAUCAAUAAUACCCCAGGUGGGUGACCUAUUCAUUUUUGGACAUCGACCUUACGACUUUGAACUUGGUAUACCAGGUCCUCGAUUGGGUUACAUGCCCCAGGAAAUUGCCCUUCACGGUAACCUAACCACUUACGAAAAUGCCAUUUACUUUGGUCUGAUAACCCAAAUGUCCAGAGGUCAACUAACCUCUCGAAUUGAUUAUCUUCUUGACCUUCUCAACUUGACACCCUUUAGAAACUAUUAUGUCCGUCAACUUUCCGGUGGUCAAGCUCGCAGAGUUUCCCUAUUGGUCACCCUUAUCCACGAGCCACCAUUGAUUAUACUUGAUGAACCAACGGUCGGUGUUGACCCUUUACUACGGGAAACCUGUUGGUCAUAUUUGGUCAAUUUAGCGGAAACCAAAGGCUGUACCAUAAUCGUUUCAACUCAUUACAUUGAAGAGGCUCGUCGUGCCCAUCGUAUUGGUUUCAUGAGGAAAGGUCGGAUUAUCGUUGAAGAUGAACCCAAUCAAUUAAUGUCCAGUCACAAAGCGACCUCACUGGAAACGGUUUUCCUUAACCUUUGCUCAGUUAAACGGAAAAGCACAAUGGUCAAUCCUAGAGACUUAAAACUAUUCCAACAACGUAUGGCUCGAGAGGGUAAAAAUAUCACAUUAGGUCACAAUCCGUAUAAAACUUGUUUCCCGUGUCUUCUUCCUGGUCCGAGAAGCUUAAAAACUGACCAAUCGAAAGCAUCUUCAUUAUCAUCGCUGUUGAAAAUUUGGUUUACCCUUUGGUUAGGAUUAACUCGUAACAAUAUACGAAAUGAGUUUCGUGAUCCAUUAGUUUUAUGCUGCCAAUAUCUUGUUUCCAUCUGGAUGAUCCUUUUAUUUUACUUUGGUAUCGGUAAUCCUCCGUCGGGAAUUAGAAUGGCCUUUGUUAACGAGGAUUCCUCAUUCUUUAGCCUUAGUGGCUCGUUCAUCGAUUCACUGGACAGCCAAAUGUUCAUAAAGCAACCAUAUCAAUCUUUCAAUGAAGCGAUAACCGAUGCCAGGUCAACCCCGUUCUGGGGUGUCCUUUGGGUACCAUCAAAUUUCACUGAGACCCUUUUACUUGAUAAAACAAUGGCCGAUGUUUCAAUUGAAUCAAUUCAAUCAGGUCAAAUGAAAAUCUCCGUUGAUAUGGCCAAUAAAUUGGUUUCCGCGAUGUGCCUUCGUAGUUUAGUCAAUGGUUUCAUCUCUUUCAUUGGUGAUACCAUGAAAUCUUUUGGUCUAGAUGAAAGGUUAACAUCAUCACCGAUCGUUAUUGAUCAGGUCAUUUACGGGAAAAAUGUCUCUAGAGAUUAUAAUGAUUUCCGCCGGACAAUGUUCCCCGGGUUCGUUAUCAAUGUUACCCUAACAUUGUCCAUGGCUGUCAGUUCAAUUGGACUGAUUCAAUUAAGGAAAAGUAAUACAUUUGAACGGCUACUCGUCUCUGGACUGACCAAAGAGACCAUUUUACUUGUCCAUUGUGCGACUCGAAUUUUUUUAACAAUCCCUUUUGUCGCUGUUGUCACUUGUCUACAAUUCUGGUUAAUUGGUGUCGAUUAUCCCGAAUCACUUGGAAUCGCAUUCUUAGUUUAUACUUUACAAAUUAUCCUUGGUAUUGUGGCCGGUAUUGUGCUUUCCGGUUUAUCGAAGGAAGUUGUCGCCUCUCUUUACGCUGUUUCCGGUUUCUUUAUCGUCUUCCUUGUUUCAACGGGCUCUAUUUGGCCUAUUGAGGCCAUUUCACCUUCAUUUAGAUGGAUUUGCUUUUGUUUACCUGGAACAGGAUCAGUUGAAGCUUAUCGAAGUUCAAUCUAUCGAGGGUGGGGUUUAGGUCAUCCAAAAAUUUGGCCUGGAAUUUGUAUCGACACACUUUGGCUUAUCGGGACACUUAUAAUCGGCCUUAAAGUAUUCAAAUGACAACAAUCAGCUAAUUAAAUCACAAUGACAAUCAGUAAAGUACAAAGAAUCACAAUCAAUCAAGAUUGCAACUGUAAUUGAGAGUGAGAGUAACAAAUGAUAAUAUUUCAAUUUAGAAUCCAAAUUUACAAAAGAUUAUAAUGAUUAAGGAUUCUAUUGGUUGUGUUUAAUUGUCACAAUAGAUACAAACAAUUAAUUCAAUCAGGUUCAUCUUUACAUGAUGACCUUUGUCCAGUUAAACUUUGAGAGACGGAAAAGUUUGACCUUUACCUUUUAUUGUUUAUGAUGAUUAUGGUUUUGGAAUUUUUUUUUUCUCUUUCUGUUUCGUAUUGAUCAAGAUUGUGAUUAGAUGAUUAUGAUUUAAGCUUAUGAGAUUAUCUUGAUUAGACAGGAUAUUUAUAUGAGAGGUUAAUCCUUACGGAUUUAAAAGAUAACCAUGAAGAUGAGAGAUGAGAGAUGAUGACAAGAUAGUCAUUUAGUGUGAACUAUUCAUCUUAUCAUAUCUUCACCAUUGAAAUCCUCUUCUUCUUCUUGUCUCCAUCAUUCUGGUGAUUGUCAUCUUCUCUCAUCUUCAUCAUCAUCAUCAACAUGCUUAUCUUAACCUUUCAAUUGAUUAUCUUUUUGGAAAAUCUUAAUCUGAUUUUCAUGUCAUUCAAUUUUUAAAGGAAAAAGGAACCGUGAGAUUGUAAUUCGUUAAUUAUCAUCACAGGUGAACAAACAAUUAAAUUUUCACAACUUUUUCAUCUUCGCUUCAAUUAAAUGAAGAAAAAAAUUUCCACUAAAAGUAAACCAAAUCUUCAUUUAAUCCAAAUUACGAUUAAUAAGUUUUUCCUCGAUUUUAUUAACUUCGGAUUAAGAGUAAUUGUUCUUUCCGAUAGAUGUCACUACUUUUUCGAAAAAAGUUUUUUUAAUUAUCCGAUAGAUGGAACUAGUGAACAGAAAAUUUAGUUGAGAAUUUGAAUUGAGAGAGAAAACUUUUUCUUCUUUUUUUAGUUUUUUUUUGUUUCAAAAAAGUUCAAUCGAAUUUAAUUUACAACCAACAUCAAUCAUGAGUGAGGAGAUCGAUUGAAAUUAUAUAAUUUGUUUUUCUCCCAAACGGAGAAGCGAAAAAAAAAAUGAAAACGAAAUUAACCAAUUUAAUUAAUCGGUUAAAAGUAAACGUUAGAAACAAUUGUUGAUUCAACAAGUUUUAAAAUAAACAUUUAAAUGAUAUUAAAAGUAAACAAUUCUAAUGUAUAAAUGAAUUGAUGUUCCUACUGCAAUUUAGUUGAUUAGAUUGACAAUUAAGCAAGAAAAAAAUAGAGAGAGUAACAUAAUUUUCCCACACAAUUGGA